AUGUAGGUUAAUUAUGAAGCAUUUAUUGAUGAGGCGAAAAACAAGAUGAUGAAAUGGUAAGAAAUCAACGAAUAAAACAUGUGGGAAUUGUAUUCAAAUAAAGAUGGAUAUAUUGUGUAUACUAAAAAGAAUCCAGAAAACGGAAUAAAUAUGAAUAGGACACAAACAGAAAUAGCUAGAACACCUGAUCAGAUACUUGAUUUGAUAGGAGAUGUGAAUAAGAGACCUAUGUAUGAUGAGAAAGUGGAAACUGCUCACGUUGUAGAAUAGAUUGAUGCAAAUACAAGAAUAGUUUAUGUGAGAAUCAAAGCACCCAUUCCAUUUAUGAGCAGCAGAGAUUUGAUUAUGGUUCAAAAAGUUUAUAAAUAAAAUGAUGGCAUUAUCAUUGUUUGUUCUAAAUCAAUUAUCCAUUAGAAAACUCCUCCUAUUCCUAAAAUUGAGAGAGCAGAGAUGCAUUUGAGUGGUUGGAUCAUUAUUCCAUAACCAAACCAAAUGACCAAACUCAUAGCAAUCCAAUGUUUUGAUCCAAAAGGAGAUGUACCUUAAUCAGUGACCAAUCAAUAUGCAAAAUUGUAAUCAGAUAUGAUGAAAGCAGCAGUCAAAUUUAUUGCACUUAAUUAUAAAUGAGUAUUUAUUAACACAAAUUCAAUAAUGAUAAUCAUUUGUUAAA